AUGACCCUUUGGUUUAUUAAUGUCCAGCUCUACUACGAACUGGCUGAACCAAGCAACAUGUCCAAGAUCUCCUGCCGUAUCCUGUUUGCCAGUUUGGGUGUCCCCACCUACGUCUCCUGCAUCCUCAUGCUUCUAAUCGCAGUUGAUCGUUAUCGUAGCAUUAUAUACCCUUUGAGGAAACGCAUAUCCACCGGAGUGGCCACUAUUCUCCUUCUGGCAAGUGUCCUUCUCAGCGUAAUUGCUGCGUCGCCAGUGGCCUACUUCACGGACGUACAAAAGGUUUUGCUAAAACUGGACUCCUUCGAGGAAGAGCCGUACGACGGCGAAAAAGGUGCUCAGUCUACCUCAUCUGGUAAGCAGAGCUCCGGUCUUGCAUGUGUACACGCCUAUGCGUUCGCGUGUCUAGGCUGCUCAAGCCAACGUUCUGCAUGCGUAAUAGUCCUACCGCAUACUGCAAGUUGUCAGCAGGCAUUUCCUCCUUUUGAUAGUUUGGGCAAAAUUUCGAUCCGAAUCUCCUCCUCGUUCGCAUACCUAACCCUUACCCCGCUUUCCUUACUGCACCCUUAAACUGCAAACUGUUCAAGAGGAAACUUUUAGUAUAGCACUAGGAUUACCAAGAUAAAUGCAACAUCAAAAUUCGACUGGCGAAAAAUAAUAUAAUUUGCUAUGGUAGGGGGCGCUCACCGAUCGUUCCUACGGGACUCACUCGUUCUGUUGUGCCUUAAGCGCUCUCUCUCCAGCCCAACCAGCAGCCGCACAGCGGCGCACGAUAUAGGCAGAAUGGAAUUACCGACAAAGACAAGGGAGACUGGAGUGGCCAUUUCUGGCUUAUUAGCCAUUGUCAGCCAGCCAUGCCCAACUCCGAAGUGUGCAACACCCGAGGUUCGAACUCGCGACCUGUUAUUUAAAAGCCCACGCCUCUAACCACUGGGCCACGAGCCCGUUGCCUUGUCGGUUUUCGAUCGGGAAUAUACAAUGGUAGGGGCGCUCACCGUUCGUUCCUACGGAACUCACUCGUUGCGUUUUGCCUUAUAGGCUCUCUAUUGAGCCCAACCAGCAGCCGCACAGUGGCGCACGAUAAGGCAAAAUGACAUUACUAAAAAGACAAGGGAGACUGCAAUGGCCAUUUCUGGCUUGUUAGCCGUCGUCGUUUAUCCAUACCCAACUCCGACGACGGCAAUAGGCUAGAAAUGGCCAAUCUAGUCUCCUUGUCUUUGCAGCAAUUUUUUAAUUUAAUCAUGUUAUCCUACGACCAAACCCCAAGCAGUUUUUGCACCGUCUUGGUUCUGGCAUGGACCUGUUGCGUAAACUGCCCCUUUCCUUCAUUUAUCGUUUGACUACAAAAACUGUUAAUUUGCUUUCGCAUGUUCAAAAUCCUUGAUAACGAGCUGUUGUUAGAGUUCAAUAGCUCAGGCCUGUAAACCAACGGUUCUAGCGGUAACUCAGUUAUCCUACUUGAAAAGGCAUAUUUUUGGCAUCAUAAUAUUAUAACUCUUUUCGCGGUGAGCAUUAAUCUGUGAACACGUUUGCACACCUGCUUGUCAGACGUAUGUUUUGUUAUUUCAGAUUAACUUUUAUAUAUACUUGAUUAAUGCUAGACCGAAUCCGUAAAUAUAACCAAGAACCAUUGCUCCUUGCAACAGUCAUUUUCAACAUCAACAAUGACGUUGUACUCAGUCUGCAGCAUAUUAAGCAUAUGAUCUUGCAUCUAGUGCUCCCUAACUAUACUAUAAGUCAUUAUUGGAACUUUGGCCACAGACGCCAGAAGUGGGCAAUCAGUGGGAUACAGAAUGAUUGGCUCUUAACUUACGCGUACGGCAGAGCUUUGGUAGAGGUCAUGUACUAAAUGGCCCAAAAUAAAGUUAUCGUUUAUUCACAUACCAGAGAUUCGUUAAUAUAUGUCACUGCAGUACGCCUGAAUAUACUCAAAACGUCUGUUAUAAAUAGCUUGCAUGGACUGAUGAUGGCAUUGACAAAAACUUGACUCGGAUUGUCAAAGGCCCAUAUUUUGGCAUGCGCUUGCUUAGUGUUAUUGCCAGGGACCUUAAUACCUAAAAGUGUUGAACUUUUUAAUGCCUUUGUUCGCAAACUGGAGCAUGCAGCUGUUACAAUUUUUAUUUAAAAAGUAGACUCAUUUUGUGAACAAUCUGGCGGCAAACUUACAGUUAAUGGGAAAACUCAUAAAAUGUCACCCUAAAGUCCGAAAUAAAAUUUAGUUUCCAAAAGAUUACUUAAGUAGGGUAGUAAAAGUAAGCAUUGUGCUGCGUAAUUCUAUAAUAAUUUAGUUACCUGAGCAUUUCGGCCUUCCAAUGAACAUUUUGUAGGCCGCAUGCCAAAACUAUACCCUCGCAAAAAUGACGACUAAUGUAAAAUGCAUUUUGCUCAUUGAUUUUCGAUGCCAUUAAAUAUUAUAUUAUAUUUCUUAGAAAACAUGCAUUAGAAUGCACAUUCUUUUGCUUAUUUGGUAGAACUUUGCCUCAACUUUAGAUGAUAUACUCGAUGGAAGGGUAUAAUUGCGUUUUCAAAACCUCUUCCAAUUCCUUAAUAAUUUUGAACUAGACCUGCCGUUACGCUUGCAUUCAGAGUGUCUAAUGUACAAGCCGUAUAUUUUCCACGUACGGAAAACAAAACAUUUGUCCUCAGUACUAAGAAGAUACUAUAUGGAUUUCAUACAAUGUAGCAGUGGAUUUGAGCCAUAUUUAAACUUUACAGGCAACACUAGUAAGUUCAGAGCCAAGAUGUGCUAGAAAAGGAUAUUAUUUUGUCAAAGAAACAUUCGGUUAGCCAAAAAUAUUAUAACUAAUAUGAAAAACGGAGCCCGCAUUUUGUAAAAAUUUAUUCCCACAACAUCACACGUUUAGUUUGCUAACAUCCAAAUUACGAAUUAGUCAAGGGUAAUUUACCAACGAGGAGAGGCGCUUUUGUGCACUUAACAUCAUAGUAAUUGGUUCGGCUGAUAAACGGUUUACGAACAGUUGCAGUCUCUGAUUUUUCCCCUUCUUAGUCAGAAUAAAUCCUAGAUAUUUGAUCUUGGUCUUAUAGUCGACAUUGAAACAAAAAUAAAUGUGCAGUCGGACGCAUCAGCCAUUUGAUAAAAGUUUAUACAUAAAUUUUCUAACCUGUGACUACAGUUAUAGACAUGGUCUGUAUGCUUAUGUGCAAUGCCUUAUAGCCCUGGAUACAAAAUGGACCAAAAAAUAUAAUCAAUUAAAAUUAGCUGUUAACAGUACUUUAGCUUAUAGUAAACAAGAUAGAUCACAUUGCGGAGUAAAUAAAGCUUAAUUCCUUCGGUUUAGCAGACCGCUUUACUUUACUUGGGGCAUAAGAAGAAAGUGGUGUCCGUAGCGAUACUACUGACCUCUUAUUACAUGCAGUUAAAUUAGCUGGUUAAGUCAAGAUAAACAAAGAAUUUUGUGCCAUUUUCGCAGUCCAUAUCACAUUUCUGUCAGCAGUCGAACAAAUUUUCGCGCUUAAUUCAUCGUAGUCUUGCGAAUGGCCAGUAGGAUACUUGGCUGAAUUAAGUGACUCAAAAAAUAUUCGAAUGCGCAAAUUCUAACUUUGGAGAAUUUAAUCUUGUGCCGAGAAUGAAAGUUCUUAUUAAUUCUAAAAAAACUAGUCGACAACUUUCAAUGCUGGGAAUCUCUCGUCACCCCUUCUAAAACUGAACUGGUAUGUGAUGAGCCUCAGUCGUGUUUCCCUAGGGAAAACGAAUAUAUUAUUGCCAUUUGUGACAAGAAAAUGGCUUAUGUAUAAAGAUCGUAACAUAUCAAUACUCCCUAUAAAAUGGUGGUUUUGUUGUAUUUAAAAAACUUUUGCUGCAUAGAUGUUUGAACAGAAUGCGCACUCAAAAUCGUUUUCCGCUGUUGACGUUAUAGUUUCUGCCAGAGGGAGUAAGUUAUAUAUAGAAUGUUUGCGAUAGUUUAAAGUUAAGCAAUAUUUUUAUGGAAAUAAUUCUGAUGAAUUGUGUUUAAGAUACACAUUGCAUCUGACGUUAAAUUUCCUAGAGUCACCGUUUCUGCAGUUGGUGUUAUAUGCUAAAAUUUCAGCACUUUAAAUUAAGCCGAUUACUCACUUACUUGUCCAUUUACCUUUGUUGUUCAGGCAUGUCACACAUCAAAACCGAAACGACUAAGAAUGUUCGAAGGAAGACUAUAAUCAUAAAGCCAACAAAGUGCUCUAGUGCAUAAGUAGAAUAAAAAUGUUGAUUUUGCAGCUUUUAAAAUGAUUCAGCUUAUUUACCUUUUAAUUUAAGAAACCUUGCAGUCAUAUGUCAAAAAUCAGUAUGUCAUGCAUACGUUGGUUCCCUAACUAAAGCUCUCUGAACGCUAGAAGUUUCAAUUUCCCAUAUGUAUAUAACGCAUGUGAGUGAUCAUAAAAGGUAUAUAUUGACCUCCCUCACCAGUGUCAAUUAUUGCUUGUUUUUGAUAAGUGCAAAAUUCAAAGAGGGCUUAAAUCAGAACGCGUGCUUGAAAAACAAGGAGGCACAGUUAUUAAAUACGUUCUGUUUAUUAAAUAUUUUAGAAGACGCGUUUCCACAGUACUGUGUUGAAAGAUGGCCAGAUCCGGAAUCCCGACUUGCCUACACUAUCCUCGUUUUCUUUGGAAAUUUUUUUACGCCCUUGGUCUGCACAGCAAUUCUCUACAUGAAUGUGGGUUGCUGGUUGGCGCGCCACAGUAGCCAUCUACAGGGAGGUACCCCUACUGACACCGGCGAUAGCAAGCAUCAAGGUGGACAAAAGAGAACAUCUACUUUUGAGAAUGUGUCCCCUGUACCGGAUUCGACUGACAUCCCGCUGCACCAUUUCGUCUCCGUUGAAACGUCCUGUUCGCCGACCAACACUAGAAACAACUCACAGACUCGUGUACUGCCACCACUGGCUUUGCGUAUUGAACGGCGCAAUCGUCGCACCAAUCGUAUUCUUGUAAGCAUUGUCAUCUGUUUUGCCGUCUGUUGGACACCCUGGACACUGUAUUCACUGUACCUGGAGUGUAUCGCCUAUAGCCUAACAAAGAUGAGUAGAGCCAGACUGUCUGUCUCGGACGCUGGAAUUGGAAGACCUACUGGACCAGAGUUUAACGCGUCUGCAUUGAGUACUGCAAUCGGCAAGAAUUUGUUGCGCAGUCAGCUGCAGCUAAAAAAUGCCAAUUUAAAGCUGACGGAUAUAUUUCUGAAGGUGAGUAUAUGCGGAAUCUGCUGUUUUCCUUUGAGGCGGAUAGGGAACUUUGUUAUGACCAUAGGCCUGACAAAGUGAAUUUUCUGAAAAUUUGUCUUCAAUGCCUAUUACUUCCUUUAAGAAUAAAGUCAACCUAUGCAAAGCAGAUGUGGUGUUUUCAUUGUUCUUAGAUAAAGAUUUCCUUCGAUUGCGCGCAUUGUUAUAGAUACGCUCCGCUUGAUUUUGCUUCCAAAAUAUAUUGUCAAAACCUGUACAUGCGUUUAAAAACAUUACCUGCAUACAGAGUGCCGUCAUUUUCCGCACUUUUGGGGCACAACAGAAUAAAAUCCUGGACUAUUUACUAACGGUCAUAAACAACUUAUUUGCACAUCCAAAGCCAUUUUGUAACUCACAAUACAGUUACGUCUCCAGCGCGGGAUAUUUGUCACCGCCAUAGUCGUCAGACGGUUUUGUUUCCGCAUGUCUGGACCUUGAUUUUGUAGCAACGGAUACUAAGAAGAGAUAAAUACGUUAGAAAUGUGGCAUAUAUCUAUAUGCGUAAAGUUUAUAGUCACGCGUAUAAUCGAUAGUAACUGACAAACGGUAUACCACUUUAGCGUAAAAGACAGCAGUGUCUCCGAACAUCAUUAUUUUUUUCAUCUUUUGAUUAAUACGGUGUACAUUAUUUUGUUGUAACACAAAUAUAACGAGUGAUUUGUUAAAAAAAAUUAUUUUCUUUUUUAGCUGUUCGCAUUAUGUUCAACCUGCACGAAUCCCUUCUUUUACGGCUGGCUAAAUGAGAAUAUUCGCGUUUUUCUUUUAUGUAAGUUUACUGGAAAGGAAAGUCGUGAACGGUCCUUCCGGACUUCACUAGCAAGCGGCAUCUGUAACAAUUUCAGAAAACAGGACCAUAUAGAUCUCAAAAGUGAUAAGAAGAUAAGCAAUGACAACGGCCGAACCGCAAAAUCAAAUCCCGUUGCUGAUGACAGUCCUCCUAAGUUUCUUCAACAAACCGACCUCUAG